AUGGACUUGCACGCAAUGCUUCUGAGGCUUAUGGUGAAAAGCGUGAUACUAGUAGUAAUAAUAGCUAGAGUUGCUACCGCACAAGGCAUGCCUGGCUGCAAAGAUAGAUGCGGGAAUCUUAAAAUUCCAUAUCCGUUUGGGAUGAGCCAAGGCUGCUACCUAAACGAGUCAUUUCUGAUCACAUGUACCAAAUCCAAAACGUAUCUGAACGGUAAUUUAUCUGUCCUGAACAUAGCACUCGAGGGUCAACUGCGAAUUUUGUCCCCUAUUGCCACUGUUUGCCGCGGCUUGCAGGCUAAUUACACCACCAGGGAUCAACAACUUUCAACUAGUUUUCCCCUCUCAAGUACAAGAAACAAGUUCAUUGCCGUAGGCUAUAAUACUACAGGAGCCAUCCGUGUCUUUCCGGGGAAAACUUACACAGCCGCGAGUUGCAAGUCUUUUUUUAACAUGACGUAUAAAUUAAUCAAUGGAUCUUGCUCAGUCAUGGGCUGUUGCCAGACUUUCAUUCCCAAAGGAUUACGGGACUUCAAGAUAGUGGUCGUGCAGCCACGCCUUGUGGUCGAACAAGAGUAUUAUGACUUCUCGUCGCUAGAUCUUUAUAGCAACUUAACCGACCUCAAUCCAUUCCCUAUGGUGCUAGAUUGGGCAGUCGGUGAGACAAAAUGUGAACAAGCUAAAAAGAACAAGACAGGUUAUCUAUGUCAGGAGAAUAGCGAGCGCUAUGACUGGGAUGGUGGGGCAGGAUAUCACUGCAGAUGCUCUAAAGGUUACCAGGGGAACCCAUACCUCCCAAACGGUUGCAAAGUCCGCAAAAAGAAGAUAAUGAAGUGCAGAGAAACUUUUUUUAAGCAGAACGGUGGUAUAAUGUUACAACAACUGCUUUCCAACUGCAAAAGGAAAGGUUCUGCUCAAGGAGCCAAGAUUUUUACGGAAGAGGAGCUCAAGAGAGCAACAAACAACUUCGGUGAUGGCAAUGUUAUUGGCCAAGGAGGUUAUGGCACAGUUUAUGCAGGAACUCUAAAAGUUGAUAUGAUCAUCGCCAUCAAAAAGUCCAAGGUGGUAGACCGAGGCCAAAUUGAGCAAUUCGUUAAUGAGGUAGUUAUUCUCUCCCAAAUCAAGCAUCCAAAUGUGGUGAACCUCUUGGGUCGUGUAUCCUCAACGCCAUGGGAACUGCGUUUGAGAAUAGCAGCAGAAACUGCUGGAGCACUUGCGCAUAUGCAUUCUUAUCCAAUAAAUAUAAUUCAUAGAGAUGUCAAGUCUGCCAACAUUCUAUUGGAUGAUCAUUGCACUGCAAAAGUAUCCGACUUUGGAGUUUCAAGAUUGGUUCCUUUAGAUCAAACUCAGCUACCCACAUUGGUGCAAGGAACAUUUGGUUACUUAGAUCCCGAGUACUUUUAUUCAGGCUUAUUAACCAAGAAAAGCGACGUCUAUAGCUUUGGAGUUGUCCUUGUAGAGCUACUAACCGGGAAGAAUGUGUUCUCUCUGGAUAGACCUGACAAGGACAGGGGUCUAGCUAUGUAUUUCGUUUCUUCGCUCAAAGAAGGUCACUUGCUUCAAAUCCUAGAGGAUCGAGUGAAGAAAGAGGGACAUGCUAAGCAGCUAAAAGGAGUAGCUGAGGUAGCAAAACAAUGCUUACGAUUGAAGGGACGAAAAAGGCCUACAAUGAAAGAGGUAAAAGAGGAGCUUGAGGCAUUGAGAAACUCCAAAAUCAACCACGGAUCAGAAUUAGACCAUAUAUAUAAGAAAUGA